CCAAGAAACGACGUCUUUGGGCAAACGGAGAAGACGGUUCGGAGUUUUUAAAAUUGAAUUUGCAGAGAUAUCGUUGUUCUUCCUCAAUUUCUCUCAAGUUUUCGAAUCUUCCAACUCUCUGUAGUGGAAUCAGGGUUUUUGAUUUCGGCCUUUGUUAAAACUGUUGCUUUCCAAAGGGGUGCGAUUGUGUAGUCAAACCCAGAUCAAAUGUCGGCAUCGGCGGUGUCGAUCACCGCGAGUCCGGCAGCGGCUACGAGGCGGACGCCGGUUCUCGCCGGAGAGAAGAAAUCCAACUUUGAUUAUCAACCAAGCGAAUCCCUUGCGAAUGGUGGCGCCGGGGAAGCCGGUGGUACGAGCAGGGAUCCGAUACGCGCCGAGGCAGUCGUUGAUCGAUCUCACGGCCAAGACUUGGGUCCGGUGACGAGGAGGUCGGGUUCCGCCGCGACCGGGAACAACACAACCGCCACGCAGCGCCGGACGCGAAAGGUAGCCACUCCUAAGACCGAGAAGGCGCGAUGGAAGAGAGUGGUGAGGAUAUUCGCGAAGCAGCUUGCGGCUCUUUUGAUAAUCGUUGGGUUAAUUCAGGUGACGAGGAAAAUGAUUCUGAAAGCUGCGCAUUCGUCCUCUCCGUCUUCUUCUUCUUCCUUUGAAACGGAGAUGGCGUUUUCGGGAUUGGAGAGCCGAAUUGCGGAAGUAGAUGGUCUUGUAAAGGCCACAACGAAUACGAUGCAAGUUCAAGUUGAAUUGCUUGAUAAGAAGAUUGCGAGGGAAGCCAAAGCGCUGAGGCAUGAAUUCGAGACGAAAUCUUCUGCGUUCCAUAGUGAGUUGAAGAAGAUAGAGUCUAGGACCGACUCACUAGAGAAGUCAGUUGAAGAAGUAAAUGCUAAACCUUGGGUGUCGAGAGAUGAGCUAGAGAGGAUUUAUGAGGAGUUGAAGAAAGGCAACGUGGAUGAUUCUGCGUUUAGCGACGUUAGCAUCGAUGAAUUAAGGGCAUAUGCUCGUGAAAUCAUGGAGAAAGAGAUUGAAAAGCAUGCUGCAGAUGGCCUUGGCCGAGUAGACUAUGCAUUGGCGUCUGGUGGUGCUUUUGUGAUGCAGCAUUCAGAUCCUUAUCUUAUUGGGAAAGGGAGUAACUUGUUUGCGACAACUAGUAGGCGUGCUCAUACCAAUGCGGUCAAGAUGUUAUCUCCGAGUUUCGGGGAGCCUGGACAGUGUUUUCCUCUGAAAGGUAGCAAUGGCUUUGUUCAAAUCAGGCUGAGAGGACCAAUCGUACCAGAGGCUUUCACCUUGGAGCAUGUAGCUAAGAACGUAGCUUACGACAGGUCUAGUGCUCCAAAAGAUUGUCGUGUAUCAGGAUGGCUGCAAAGAAAAGGACAGGAAUCUUCAGUCGAGACAGAGAAGAUGCAACUUCUGACAGAGUUCAGUUACGAUCUAGACAGGUCGAACGCACAGACAUUCAACAUCUUAGAUUCAUCACGCUCUGGUGUGGUCGAUACUGUCAGGCUAGAUUUCACCUCCAACCACGGAAGCGACUCCCACACUUGCAUCUACCGGUUCAGGGUUCAUGGGCGUGCAGCAGACCCAGUCUCUGUUGUGGAAACCGGUCUUGAUCAGGACAAUUCACCUGGAACUGGAUAGAUCUCGUCUGUUUUGUAACAUUUAUUUGUCCACAUCUCUUUUGUUGCCAGUUUUUUUUUUUUUGGAAAGAAAAAGAAAGCAUCAGAUUCUGUGUGAUAAGACCGGUAGAGUAUUGUUUGGUUUUACACUUUUACUCGUCUUUGUUGUGCUAUCUUUUGGCUUAUUUGGUUUCAGAAUUGAUUAAAUUUGUAAAAUCGGAAAUAAUAAAACCAAAAGUAAUUAGGUUGGUAAA